AUGGUAGUGGCGCCCGGCAUGCCUUCGUUGUUCUGGUCAUCAUGGUCGACAAGGUCAGAGCAGCACACAGCUGCGUACCUAGUAGGUGAAAUUGACAAGGUCAUCUCGGAUAUUGAAAGUGCCACGACCGCACACGUCGUUUCUGUCGUCACAGACAACGCAAGAAACAUGAGUAGUGCUCGAAGUCACAUCCAGGCACGACGACCCAACGUGGUGAGUGGCGGCUGCUCCGCCCACGUGCUCAACCUGCUCAUGCAAGAUGUGUGUCGCUUUCCUGUAAUUCAAGCGGUCAGAUCACGAGCUGUGGCUGUUACCCGUUUCGUUCGAGAUCAUUUGGCUCUACUUGAUGAAUUCAAGGCUCUGCAGCAAGGCUUACGCGAUACGGGUCUAAGCACAAGAAAUCUGGUGUUGCCGGUGCCAACAGGUUGGUACUCAGUGUUUGCUUGCUUGCGCAGUCUCGUUCGUGACAACAGCUUUUGGGACAGCCUGAGGACCAUCGUACGUCUGUUGGACCCUAUAAUUGAAGCACUAAGACAGCUUGAAGGUGACAACGUGUUUGUGUCGGGGGGUUAUAAGUGGUUUCGAUGGCUACGGUAUCACACCGCGUACGGCGUCACCUCACCUGAGCAAGAUGAUGAAGAGGCAGUUGAUGUGCCGGAGCCGUCUGAGCAAGCUGGCGUGCCGGGACCAUCUGAACAUGAAGCUGUUGAUCAAGCUCGCAAUGGAAUCGAACUCCUUAGUAACUCAGUCGAUCUUUUAGCGCCCACCAACUCCGCCGGAUCGCCGCCCACAGCGCCAGCCGAACUGCAGUCUGUACCAGCAAGCGAAACUUCCCCUGAAAGUACGUCACCGGAUGAUGAAAAUUUAUUAGCGGGAGGUAAUUACAGACGUAUCGAUGUUCCGCAGCUCGACGAGCUUCAAGAAUUUUUUCGUGACAAGAUUCGAAGUCGAUGAAGCUACGUGCACUCCAACGCGAUGAGUAUCGCAUUCUUGCUCGAUUCAUCGACGGAUAUAGAUGACUUCGUUGGCGCUGAUGAUGAAAAAGUUGAUGACCAGGUGUGUGAAAUGGCGAGGCGGUGUGGCUUGUUCACACCAACCGUGGGCGCCCCCGCAUUUACUGCAGAGGUCCUUGCGUUUAAGAGUAAGAAGCGGCGGGGUGGUAAGGCGAUGCGUGAGAAGUAUUCGAUGUCAAGUCCGCGGGAUUACUGGGAAGGGAAGAAAUCUGAGCGAUACCCACUGCUUCAGAAGAUAGCACAAAUUGUGUUCGCGAUCCCUACUUCGUCGGCUGCAAGCGAACGGGCUUGGAGUAUCUU